AUGGCAGAAACCGAAGUCCACGUUGUGCAAGUCAAGCCAAAGGCGAGCGCCUGGCUCCUCAUCAGUGUCGGCGUCAUGUCGAUGGGUUCAAUCUUCUGGGGAUACGAUAUCGGCAUUCUCAGCACCAUCUACGUCUCGCCAGGAUUCAACAAGGCCUUGAACAACCCCUCUUCAGCUUCGAAGGGGCUGAUUACAGCAAUCUUCUCUGUUGGCCAGCUAUUCGGAUUCAUAUUCCUGGCGGGACGCACUAACAAUCGCUUUGGUCGACGCUGGGCGGGUUUCAUCGGCGUGUGCGUCGUUGUCGUGGGUGCCGCGAUGCAAACCGCCGCUGUCCAUCUCGCUCUAAUGGUCGUCGGGCGUAUCAUUGCCGGUGUCGGUACAGGAAUCGUCUCGACUGCAGUUCCGCUCUAUCUUAGUGAGAUUGCACCGGCUGCGCAGCGUGGAUUCUACGUCGCCGCCAAUCAGGUUGGGAUUGUCUUUGGAAUCUCGAUGGCUUUUUGGGUUGGGUACGGGUUCUCCUUUUGGAAAACUGGCAAUGGAGUUGAUCUGGAGUGGCGCCUUUCCAACGCAGCUCAGUUCGUCCCAGCCUUGAUGUUUCUGGCAGGCGCGCCGUUCUUGCCAGAAUCACCUCGCUGGUUGAUGGAACAUGAUCGAACUGAAGAAGCCGCCCGGUCUCUGACCAGACUACGUGGUGCCAGCGACGUGGUGGAAGUCCAAUCUGAGCUUGAUGAGAUUCAUGCCAACAUCUUAUGGCACAAGGAGCAUUCCGUCACAUCAGCCCGCGUGUUUUUCAAGGAAAAGGUUCUGUGGGCUCGUCUCUGGAGAGCCUGGGCACUCGCAUUCCUGCAACAGAUGAGUGGUGCUGCGGGCAUUCGCUACUACCUUCCUACAAACUUCAUCGCUGCAGGCACAUCGAAGGACCUAAGUCUACUUGCAUCUGGCAUUGAUGGCACAGUGCAAGUAGGAUGUACCAUUGGUGCCAUGUUUUUCAUUGACAGGAUUGGCAGACGACACUCUCUUGGUGUCGGGGCCGUCAUCAUGGCCUUCUGUUUGAUGAUCAAUGGUGCUUUGCAACUGGCAUACCCAAACCAAGUCAGCGCGUCGGCCAACUAUGUCAACAUUUUCUUCAUCUUCUUUUUUACCGUAGGAUACAGCAUGGGUUUCGGACCGUGUGCAUGGAUCUAUGCAUCCGAAAUCUUCCCUGCCAACUGCCGCUCCAAGGGUCUGGGCAUCUCUCAAUCGGGAGCAUCUCUGGGUUCCAUCAUCGUGGGCCAAGUCUGGCCAGUUGCCGUCUCAAACAUCGGGCCUCGGGUAUACUUCAUAUUCAUGUCAUUCAACGUUUUCGCGGCGAUCCUCGUCUAUUCAUGCUACCCCGAGACCAAGAAAAAGACACUCGAAGAGCUUGAUGCCCAGUUUGGUAAACUGAAUAUCCACUCUGAAUCGGAGGCGACUCCAAAGCAGAUGCUCGAUGAAGGGCAUGAGCAUGUCGAGGUUGGAGACAACAAGAGAGUCUGA